AUGAGAGCUUCCGAAAGUAUCAGGUUGUUAGCGAAGCGCUGGCCUCACCUCUACGAUCUACCGUUCGAGGAUGUUCCGGACACUCGAGUGGGCAUGUUGAUUGACUGGGACGUACCCGAGGCGCAUUGGGUUUUGGAUCAACGAAUAGGAGGCCGCAGAGAUUCGUACGCUGUGCGCACGAUUUUUGGUUGGAUACUCCAUCUACCUGAGAAGAUGGCGACCGGCCUUUACGACCCACUGGGGUUCGUCGCACCGUGGCUACUUCCCGGCAAUAUUCUACUGAAGAACCUGUGUUGA